AUGAUUUUAUGUUGAGGAAGUUCAUGUGACUGUCUUUACGCUGAGCGGUCUUUUUUGUUCGAAUCUAAAUAACAUUCUUGCCUCCUGAACACCUUCUAUUACCCGUUAUUGACUCAGACGUCUAGUUUUUGUCGGGCUGUUUUGCCUUGCCAAUGCCCAAAGUUACUUUGUGUAUUUUGCUCAUGCCCAGGUGAGUGUCACGAGUUUGAUAUUUGAGAAGUGUUGCAAAAUAAAGGCAGAGCGAAAUUCAUUUAGCCUGUUUAUCUAAAGGUAGCAACCAGUUGGUUACAUUUGUUUCGAAAAUGCUUUCAGUAGAGGAGGUUAGGUCUAGUUUGGAACGUGCAGGUCAACUCCACGUUCUACAGUUUUGGCCAGAACUUUCUGAAGAUGAGAAGAAAACGUUUCUUUCGGAAUUGUCUCAGUUGGAUUUUGAUGAGCUGCGCGAGCACUGCCGUGGUGCUGCGGAGGCAGCGACUCGGUCCACAACGAAAGUCGAUCAAAAAAUGGAACCCGUGCCAUUGGAAUUUAUCGGCAGCGUUGUGAAAAGUGACCGGGACACUAUAAACGAAUGGCAAAACGAAGGAUAUUUGCGAAUUUCUGAAAACCAAGUGGCAGUGCUGCUCUUGGCCGGCGGGCAGGGGACCCGCCUGGGUGUUCCUUACCCAAAAGGCAUGUUCAACGUGGGGCUCCCCAGCAGCAAGACCUUGUACCAGAUCCAGGCGGAGCGUAUCUGCCGAGUGCAACAGCUCGCCAACAUGAAGCACGGAUCAAAGUGCAUCGUACCAUGGUACAUCAUGACUAGUGAGUUCACACUGGAUCCAACCAAGAAGUUCUUUGAGGAGAAUAAGCACUUUGGUCUGGAUCCCUCAAAUGUGGUCAUGUUUGAACAAAGGAUGAUUCCAGCCGUGACCUUUGAUGGAAAGGUCAUUUUGCAGAACAAGGGGAAGUUGGCCAUGGCUCCAGAUGGAAAUGGAGGGCUGUACCGUGCUCUGGUGGAUAACCAGGUGCUUGAGGACAUGCAGAAGAGGGGUGUGAAGUACCUGCAUGUGUACUGUGUUGAUAACAUACUUGUCAAAAUGGCGGAUCCCAUUUUCAUUGGAUUCUGUGUGAGCAAGCAGGCAGACUGUGGAGCGAAGGUGGUGCAGAAAGCCUCCCCUGAGGAGCCUGUGGGGGUGGUGUGCCGCGUGGACGGUGUGUUCCAGGUGGUGGAGUACAGCGAGCUCCCACUGGAGGCUGCAGAGCAGCGCCUCCCUGGAGGAGAGCUGCGGUACAGCGCUGGAAACAUCUGCAACCACUUCUUCACUCUGGACUUCCUCCAGGAAGUGGCACAAAAGUUUCAGAGCCAACUGAAGCAGCAUGUGGCUGUCAAGAAAGUGCCCUUUGUGGACAAGGAUGGCAACAUGGUGAAUCCAACUAAACCCAAUGGAAUUAAAAUGGAGAAAUUUGUCUUUGAUGUCUUUCAAUUUUCCAGGAGAUUUGUUGCGUUUGAGGUAGCGAGAGAGGAUGAGUUCUCCCCCCUAAAGAAUGCCGCUGGAGCUCCCCUGGACACCCCGUCCUCGGCACGGCAGUCUCUGCUGGCGCUGCACCUCCGCUGGGUGCUGGCUGCAGGGGCGUGCUUCCUGGAGGCCUCAGGGGGGGUAACCAGGCCCAGGGUGACACUAGAAGAAGAAACUCUAGUGGUUUGUGAAAUCUCCCCGUUGGUCUCCUGCUCUGGAGAGGGGCUGGACCUGCUGUUGAAAGACAAGAUGUUGACCUCUCCUUUUCUUCUGGAUGAGAAAACAGCAAAGCAACUUCUUAAGUAGCUACACAGCAUUCUGGGUAACUUGUACCUAGGGUAACAAGCAACAAAAAAUUUCUCUUGAAAGAUAAUGUUUACAGCUAAAAGUGAUUCUCAGUGGCAUUGUAACAAUAUCGGAAAUUAGCUAAAUGGUUAAGGGUGUAUAUAAGUAUAAUAGUCUUCAUCAUGUUAGCCAUGACACACUGCAAUCUGGCAAACAAUGAUAUUAAUAUCCAUAAAUGACCUCUGUGUAAUUUCCUCUUUGAUUAUCAUGUACAGUAAUCAAGCAUUUAUAAAUGCAAGAACUUUGUUUACAAUUUUUUACGUACAUUCUGAGGAAAUUAUGUGACUAACUUGUCAUUUCUUUUUAAGCACGGAUAUUCUGUUUAAUCUGGCAUUCUCUCUAGAGUAGCAUGGUUGAUUCUCUCUAGACUACCAUGGUUGAAUGUAUCCUGGUAUUUCAACUGAUUAGCAGAACUUGAUUUACAUACCGGUAAUUUGAUCCAGUUCAAUCUCCACCAUUGCUUAGUAUCUUUGUGAAAAUAAAUAAACACUUCUGAACUUUUUCUUGA